CCAAACACUGCCUGUAGUGUGCUUGUGAUAUAUCGUUUCGUUAUAGUAAGCUAAGGUUGUCGAGACAUGGCCAGCAAGCCACGACCACAAUCUCAGAAGAGAGAGCGUCGGUUGUUCUCAACAUCCGAUGACACAGCCAUGAUGAAGCAAAUUCAGGUCACACAUGCACCUGAUGGUCGUGAAGUUGAUGUCAGGCCCAUUAUCCACAUCGUUGAGGAAAUCCUGAUUCACUCCAUUGCUAGCAGUAUUGAGGAUGGAGACCUUCGUGGAAAACGACUGGAAGCCGACAUGGAGAAGGCUGCUGCUUUUGCUGAAUUCGACAUGCUUGAUUCAUUAGCUUUUGUCGUGCACAAAAUUUCCUGCGAGUUAACAUGCAAGUGCUCAGGAGGUGGAGAUGCACAUGCAACAACAAUGGUGAUACUGAACAUCUUGUCUAGCUAUCCAUGGCAUGCAAAAGUUGUAUUAACCCUUGCAGCUUUUGCUGUUAACUUUGGGGAAUUCUGGCUUGUUUCUCAACAAAGUGCUGCAAACACACUUGCCAAAUCUGUGGCUCUCCUUAAGCAACUUCCUGACCUUGCAGAGAAUUCCACCUCUCUGAGACCCCAAUUCGACGCAGUGAAUAAGCUCUUGAAGGCAACUCUGGAUGUAACAAGGUGCAUCAUUGAGUUCAAGGAACUUCCAUCAGAGUACAUUUCAGAGGACACUCCUCCUAUGUCUGUUGCCAGUGCUCAUAUUCCUGUUGCUACCUAUUGGACCAUCAGAAGCAUUGUGGCUUGUUCCACACAGAUUACCAGUUUUAUAGGCUUGAGAAAUGAGUACAUUUCACAAACCACAGAGUCAUGGGAAUUAUCAAGCUUGGCUUAUAAAGUCAGCAGUAUUUAUGAGCACCUCAGGAACCAAUUGGAACUCUGCCAACAAUAUAUAGAUGACAAGAGACACAUAGAGGCCUUUCAUACUCUGGUGGGUCUUUUCAAGACAACUCACCUAGACAACAUGAAAAUCCUCAGAGCCCUUAUAUACGCCAAGGAUGACCCACCACCACUUAUAGAUUGUUCUAGCAAAACAAGGGUUAGUCUCGAGGCACUAAGGAGGAAGCAUGUGUUACUUCUCAUAUCAGAUCUUGAUCUUUCACUGGAAGAGAUUAUAAUACUCGACAACUUGUAUAAAGAUGCAAGAUCUAGGGGUGACACACACUAUGAAAUGGUAUGGAUUCCAGUUGUGAACAGAGCAACCUGGAAUGAUCUGAAUAAGAAAAAGUUUGAGAAUUUACAGUCAUCAAUGACGUGGUACAGUGUGCGUGAUCCUAUGAUCAUUGAACCAGCAGUGAUUAAGUAUAUCAAAGAAGUAUGGAAUUUCACAAAGAAAGCUAUAGUAGUGGCUCUAGAUCCACAAGGUAGAUUGUCAUCUCCAAAUGCGCUACACAUGAUCUGGAUAUGGGGAAACUUGGCCUUCCCAUUCACUCACGAAAAAGAGGAAAGCUUGUGGAAGUCAGAGAUUUGGAGCCUGGAGCUACUUGUUGAUGGCAUUGAUCCUGCUGUGCUGGAAUGGAUGGCUGAAGGCAAGUUCAUAUGCCUAUAUGGAGGUGAAGAUCUUGAAUGGAUUCAAACAUUUACAACCGCAGUAUUAACUGUCGCAAAAGCAGCAAAUUUACCACUUGAGAUGGUUUAUGUGGGAAAGAGCAACGCCAAAGAGAGAAUGCAAAAAAUGAUCACUACAUUCAGCACAAGAAAGUUCAGUUACUUCUGGCCAAAUGUCACCUCCAUUUGGUUCUUCUGGGCAAGACUAGAGAGCAUGCUGUACUCCAAGUUGCAGCACGGGAAGUCAGUGGAGGAUGAUCAAAUUUUGAAUGAAGUCAUGACUGUGCUCAGCUUCGACGGAAGUGAUAAGGGAUGGGCAAUUUUCUGCAAAGGCACUGCUGAAAUGGCCAGAGCAAAGGGAGAUACAGCUUUGACUUGCCUUAGAGACUUUGAGAUUUGGAGGGAAAGUGUUGGACGUGUUGGGUUUUUGCAAGCACUAAAGGAUUACUUGGAGCAACUUCACACUCCUCAUCAUUGUAAUCGUCUUAUCCUUCCUGGGACUGCGGGAGGCAUACCAGAGAGGGUUGUAUGUGCUGAAUGCGGCCGUCAGAUGGAGAAGUACUUCAUGUAUCGUUGCUGUGUGGAGUAAAAGGAAGUGUCCAGUAUAGAGUUUUUGUUCGGUAAAAAGUGCCUAUUGCAUCACCUAUGGACAAUACUCAGAAAUGGGUGACAGAUGGAUGAAUGUGAUAAGCAUUACUUACCCAAGAUCGUUUUCAUCAAGUAUUGGAUUGAGAUUUGGUUGUAGUAUUAAGUUCAGUCUUUGUCAUGUAUCAUUAGCCUGUGAUGCUGGAGAUUAUGUUUGUGUGUGCAAGUUCUCUAGGGCUCAAUGUUUCUAACAUUAGGGCAGUAGAGUCCGUAGCUAAUAAACAAUGAUGUUAAAGUUUAAUACUACAAUAAUGUUCAAGUCUUUCAUCUUUCUA